GUGUUCGCCUUGUGCUGACAACAUGAUAGCCGCCAAGAAAUGUCUUCUCGCUUUCCUCCGUCGCUUUCCUUUCAUCUCCCCCAUCCUUACCACCAUUCUAGCGUACAAAUAUGAGUGCCCAGCCUGCCAAUGAAGGCAGUCCUCCAAAUGACUUUGCGGCCACAAGCACUUCCUUACCUGCGGCGGAUUCCGUACAACAAGCAGUGGGCAAAGCCGCCAAGGGAGUCGCCCACGCAGUUCAUUCCACGCUGCUGCACGCUGACAUUCCAGCUGAUGGCAUAUGUGGCUUCUCUCAGUCUCAGGCUCUUGUGCUAGCGGCACUCGCCGAUACUUUGGUCGCCGCGCUCAACCCUGAGGAGACUGCUCGUCUAGUUGCGACCACCCAGAGUGUUCGGAACGCCCAAUCCUUAUCGGACGAUGUGAUCAGCUUUGCUCAGAUAUCCGGGGGUACUAUGGAGCUGGUGAAAAACAUGAUUGAUUAUCUUCACAAGGCCGCCCAUCCGGAUCAGCUGCAGAGCGUUCAAACUGCGCUCUGGGUUUUAUCCACGGGCCCUGGAUGCUUCCUUUUGACGGGCUCGUCAACUCCUGUUCAUAGAUUAGAUAGAAGUGCUAGAGAGAAGGUAGUUAGCAAACUCUUUCACAGUCCCCUUGCAGCAUUGCGUGCAUUGGUGAAAUCCAUCUAUGGCAUGGUUAUAUUAAAUACCUAUGGGGAACCUAAGCUGGGCAAGGGUAGAAAUCCAUUCUUGAAAGUCAUAGGCUACCCUGAAGGGCCUCACGUCGAAAGACCGCUUCCAGAUCCAGCGGAUAUCUGGAGACCCUCAUUUUUGGACCUCCAGGGUCUGGUCGGGCCGAACGAUAGCGAGGAGAUCAGAUUGGCUUGCGAUAUUGUGGUUGUUGGUUCCGGCGCCGGGGGAGGUGUAGUCGCAGGAGAACUGGCACAGGCUGGGCAUGAUGUUCUGGUUCUAGAGAAGGCGUUUUACACCCAUCCAUCCGAGCUGCCAUAUACACCAAAGGCAUCUUUCGAGCUCCUCUUUGAGCGGUCUGGCGCACUUGGUAGCGAGGAUGGCUCGAUGCAGGUAUUGACCGGGAAUGCGUGGGGUGGUGGUACGGCGGUGAACUGGUCCGCGUCGUUGCGGCUUCCAUCAAAGGUCCGGGAAGAGUGGGCGACCAAAUAUAAGUUGCCUUAUUUUAUGUCGCUUGAUUAUGCGAACGCUGUGGAUGCUGUAUGCACGAGAGUGGGUGUUAGCACAGAUGCUAUCGAGCACAAUGCGUCCAACUCGCUGUUGCUGGAAGGAUUGGCACGAUUAGGGAUGCCACACGGAGUAAUUCCACAAAACACCGAUAGUCAGUCCCAUGAAUGCGGUUUCUGUUGCUUCGGAUGUCCUUAUGGAACAAAGCAAGGAACGCAUUUGACGUUCUUGCGGGACGCCGCCGAGUCAGGGAACGCGCGAUUCAUAGAGGGAUGUACAGUGGACAGAGUUUUGCACAAGGGUGGACGGGCCGUUGGAGUAAAGGGGACGGUUAUUGAGCGUGGAACUGGACGCACUCGCAAAAUUAUGGUCAAAGCAAAAAAAGUUGUGGUUAGCGCAGGCAGCCUUCACAGCCCGGCCAUUCUCCUUCGAUCUGGGCUACGAAAUCCCAAUAUUGGUAAACACCUUCGCCUACAUCCUUGUACCCACGUAUUCGGAAUAUUCCGCAAUUCCGAAAAGCCCAUUAACACGUACUCAGGCUCCAUAAUGACCGUCCUGGGUACGCCAGCUGAAAAUGCUCAUGGAGAUGGUUAUGGAAGUAAGCUUGAGAUCUCCUGCAUGCAUCCAGCCAUGUUUGCAAGCUGCGUUCCCUGGAGAAGUGCAGAGGAACAUAAGAGAUUGCUGGCGCUCUACGAUCGCAUGGUGCCAGUACUUGUCAUCGGGCGAGAUAGUGAUGCGACAAAGGGUCGUGUCUACCUGGACAAAACAGGGACGCCGCGGAUAGAGUACACCAUCUCCCCAAAGGACCAGAUCUCUCUCGCUGCAGGUGUUGAGGCUGGUAUAAAGGCUCUUAUCGCUGCGGGCGCAACGGAAAUCAUUACGAAUCAGAGGGGAGUGGACCCAUUCUCGAUCGACCCUGAAAAGAUCAAUGACAUAUUCACCAGCAAGGAGUUUGGAAAUUACUUGGCCAAAGUCCGCAAGUGGGGUUUCCAGCCGACGUGGACACCAUUGUUCACAGCCCAUCAGAUGGGCACAUGUCGCAUGGCUGGUAGCGCAUCACAAGGAGCUUGUAAUCCUGACGGUAGGACAUGGGAAGUUGAUGGCUUAUACGUUGCAGAUGCGAGCUUGUUUCCGACUGCAAGUGGCGUCAAUCCCAUGGUGACAACUCUCUCCUUGGGCUACGCUGUUGCGCAAAGAGUAAAAGAGAGCUUGCAGAGUACUGCCAAGUUGUAAUCCAUUCAUUUAGUAUGUACGAGAGUGAUACCACGAUAAUCAUCUGGGAGGGUGUUUUACAUUGUGUAUUAUAGAUUUUGGAAUCAAAGAUAUAUGGACCUCUUA